AUGGUGGUGCUCGAGCAAAAAGAGAUCCCCGAGUGCCAGAGGUAUCUUCCAAAGAACUACAACUUCGAGAUGAGGAAGGUGCUGAGAACGAUUGAAAGGAUAGGGGCAAGGAAGGUGACGUUGCAAUUCCCCGACGGGCUCUUGAAGUAUUCUUUUGUAAUAAUAGAUAUUAUAGAGAAGUAUACCAGUGCAGAGUGUGUAAUUCUUAACGAUGUUGUCUACGGAGGGUGCUGUGUAGAUGACGAGAGCAUUGCAUCUGACCUCCUUAUACACUAUGGGCAUUCGUGUCUUGUGCCGGUGGGAGAGAUGAAUACAAAGGUUCUCUAUGUCUUUGUGGAUAUCAGAAUAGAUAUAGACCAUGCAGCUGAGAUGAUAAGAAGGAACUUUGAGGGGAAGAUAGGGGUGAUAGGGACCAUCCAAUACAACUCGAGUAUAAACAAGUUGCGAAGGAUUCUUAACGAAGAGAAGAAUGGUGUUGAGUGCAUUCUUCCACAAGUGAGACCCUUGAGUAGUGGAGAGGUGUUAGGAUGUACGUCUCCGCGGAUAGAGGGUGUUUCGGCAGUUAUUUCUGUAGGAGAUGGAAGAUUCCACUUGGAGGGGGCAAUGAUAAGAAACCCGCAUCUGAAGUUCUACAAGUACUGCCCAUUCAGUAGGAGGAUGACACAGGAGUUCUAUGACCACGGCACAAUGAUGAGGGACAGGAAGUCGGAGAUCAGUAAGGCAUUCAAUGGAAGAUCGUUUGGGGUGAUACUAGGGUCUCUUGGAAGGCAGGGGAAUAAAAGCAUCUUAAGAAGUGUGACGAGCAGGCUAAAGGAUUACGAUCUUUAUCUCAUAAUGCUUGACGAAAUAAGCCCCAAGAAGCUUGAGAGAUAUGACUUCAUAGAUAGCUUUGUCCAAAUAUCAUGCCCCAGACUUAGUAUAGACUGGGGGAAAUCAUUCAAAAGGCCUUUGCUGUCCCCUUUUGAAGUGUUCUACCAAGGUGGAGAGUACUUGAUGGACUACUACUCAAAAGAGGGGAAAGGCGAAUGGAAGAACUACAGAUAG